GCUUCUGUCUCGUUCUAUCCGCAAUUCAAUUAAAUAAAAAAAAUAUUAUUAGUGUAAACAAAAAAAAACAACAAAGAAACAACCCAGUUUACUCAAAACAAAACUUCCAAGUGCAUUGAAGUAAAAAAAGAAAACAACAAAAAAUAAUCAAAAUACAACAAAACGAAAUUGAAAAAAAGUAAAUUUAGAAAUACAAAACAAGUGUUUGAUACUAAGCUAUAUGUGUUGAAGUAGUGCGUGCCAAGAAACGGGCGUUUACAUUUGGGGAAGCUGAAUUAAAACAGACAGACGACUAGACAGACAUCCCAGCAACAACAAGAGCAACAAAAAUGGAAGCUGACAACAAAAAGCCUUUUAAAGUCAAGGAUAUAACGCGCAACAUAAAGAAGGCCGUUGUCGCCGCUUCCCUGGAGGAGAUUCGUGCCAAAGUGGCUGAAAAAUUUGAAAAGACCGAUCAAUUGGCCACCAUACAUUUGGACUCGGAUGGCACAGAAAUCGAUGAUGAGGAAUAUUUUCGCACUCUGGAGGCCAACACUGAAUUAAUAGCCGUAUUUCCAGGAGAACAUUGGAUUGAUCCUUCACACUAUGUCACCAUUACCACACCGCACGAUCAAACCGAUGCCGCGGAUAAGGCUGAAAAGACGGCUCGCAUAAAACAAUUGGUGGGCCAGCUGCAGAAUAAUCUAUGCAAUGUCUCGGUAAUGAGUGAUCCCGAUUUGGAUUCCUUAUCGAAUAUGGAUCCCAAUUCACUGGUGGAUAUAACGGGCAAGGAUUUUAUGGAGCAGCUAAAGGAUUCAGGCAGACCAUUGUGUGCAAAGCGAAACGCUGAGGACAGAAUUAACCUGUUAAAACUCUUAAAGGAGGGUGCCAUAUUUUGUUCCGAACGUUAUCCGGAGGAUGCAGAGGCCAUUGAUGCGGAAAUCCGUAGGCAAUUGAACGAUGAAUUACACAACAACCAUAAUACCAUGACAAUCGAACAGGUACAAGCAACAAAUGACACUAACACAACAACAGCAGCAAUAAUUAGGAAAACUAAUACUCAUACAACAACAACAACAAACCAACAACAUCAACACCAAGAACAACAGAAACAACAUCAGGAACAAACAAUAACCAUUGUGGUCACCGAUACGAAUCUAAAGAAUGACAACAGUAAGACCACAAGCACAACUACUACAGGAAAUAACAAAUCUCACGACAUAUGACUACCGAUUUUUGCAAGUAUCACUUGAAAUCUAGACAACAAUAGCUGUAAGGAUAAGGGUUAAGAGGAUAAGGAACAACAAGGUGAAUGCUUGUCAAUGCUGCUACCCCCUAAAAACGACAACGCAACCUAAAGGAGAGAGAGAGAGAAAGUUUGAAAAGUUUGAUGGUUAAGCAAAGGCGUAAGGAUCAGCAAUGACAGAAUCAAAGGUAAAAUUGGAGGCAGCAGCAGUGGCAGCGCAUUGGCAACCAAUCACCAUGUUAAGUAGAAUACAAUACGAAAAUUGAAAACGAUUUGGUUGCUUUUAUCAUUCAUUUGCUUUGGAACUGUGACAAUGGCCAUUAGGCGUUUUAAGUAAUCGUAGCUUCUCGAUACCUUGAUUUAAAAAAAGGCUAACUCGAAAAUUGUUAAAAACAAGGGUAAAUGUAUUUUUUUUGAAUUAUAAAAACUAAAAACUUAUGAAAAAAUGAUUUUUUGACAAACAUUAAUUUUCUUUUAAAAUUGGUUAAAACAAAAAAAAAAAAAAAAAAUAUGGGAUGCUUAGUCGAUUUAGCCUAUUAUGAAAUUAAGGUAUGGUUUUGCUAACCAUUUUUAUCUCAGAAAAUUGAUUUUUAUCGAAAUCUUAAGUAAGAAGUUAGCACUUAACACAAUUUUUUAUAAAAAAGCUCAAGUUUUUUGUCACAAUACUUUUUUUUAAACAGCAUUCUUGUCUUUAAGUCACCAUAAAGUUUUUUUUAUAAAUAUAUUAAGCACUUGGAAAAUAAAUCAUAAUAAAAAUCACUGAGAAAAAACAAACAAAAUGAAUGUUUUACCAUUGAAAAGUUUAGCAUUAGAUACCACAAAAUCAAUAUAGGCAGCAGCUCAACAUUCAAGCCACAGCUUGUUAGAAAAAAAAUUGGACAUUAUGCCAAAAACAAAUGCCAAUUCGGACAACAUGAAACGCAAUCAAAUUUGAAAUAACAACUAAUUAAACAUUUUGCGGUUAAGUAUUCACCCAA